GCAGUAAGUAAGGACAGUAGACGUUCAGUACAGAUGUUGCUGCGGGCUUUCAGUUUCGGUCUUGGCGCGCAGAUUCACCAGAUGAGAAGUUCCCUGGCAGACUGCGUGGCGCCUUGCAGGUCUUCACACACUCCCAGGAUAUGCAAAGACUUCAAUAACGAGCCAUUAACUGCUAAUCAGGAGGAUCGAUCGGGCGUUAACAAGCCUCUCUACAUAUGCAAAUGUGCGCCCUAUAAAAGCUGCCAGGAUGCUGCAAGCCGCCUCUCACUUCCUCCGACAUUUGCUGGAUUUAACAAGGCGCUCAAAACAAAACAAAUAAUUGCUAUGGUGAAAUACUUUUCUGUGGACUGGCUGGUCCAGAGGUCCAAGGACCUGCAGGGUGGAUCCGCCUGCAAGCCGCACAUUCCCUGCAUGGUGCAGCCGCGCCAGCCGGCCUAUGGCAAAAGUUACCUGCAGCCUAAACCCAAACAUGUAAAGUCCCAUCCUGCAGUGGACUUUUGCAACAUGUCACUUCCAACACGCUGCAGCUCACCGAUUUCAGAGACGAGCGGCUAUUCUUCUGGCUACGAAAGCGAAGCGGCUUCCUCCGAAUGUCAGUCCGUGGACGAGGCCUGCGAGGCGGACAAAGAUGGUCCGCAGCAGCGCCGAGUGCGCACCAAGUUUACGCCGGAGCAGAUCAAUAAACUCAUCAAGAUUUUCGACAAGCACAAAUACUUGGACGCCGGCGAGAGGGUGAAGAUCGCGCACAAGUUGGGCCUCACUGAAACUCAGGUGCGGACCUGGUUUCAGAACCGGAGGAUGAAGCUGAAGCGGGACGUGCAGGACUUCAGCCCCCAAGUCACGCCGGUGAUGUUCCGACAUGUCCCCCCGGGCCACUACCGCCCCAUGGCGGCCCACCACUACCACCCCGGCCCUGCAGCCUUCUACCCGGCAGCCCCUCGGAUGCUCCUGCAGCAGCAAGUCAUGAUCCACAACCCGCAGUUUUACUGAAAAAAAAAAAAAAAGAACCUUUUCCCCAUAAAAGACUUCCCACGGAAACACUUAACAAACAAGUGCAAUUUAUAUUAUUGUGUUUGAUGCGAAAAUUGUAUAAAAAAAACAACAAGUAUAUAUAUUAUCCAAAUAAAG